AUGAGUUCCUCACAUAAUUCAAUUAAUCGCUCGCCUUCAAAUACUUCUAAUGAAGUUAGUGAAAAUAAAUUCCUAAAGGGACAAGAUGGUCUCCCAGAAGCUGUGGAGUCUGCUCCAGUCUUAGCACCAGCAUCUAGUAAGGGUGCCUUAUUAUCCAUAUCUAUUUCUUGUGCUAUGGUUGCUUUUGGUGGUUUCAUUUUUGGUUGGGAUACUGGUACGAUUUCAGGUUUCGUUGCUCAAACUGAUUUCUUAAGAAGAUUUGGUCAAAAGACUCACGACGGCAGUCACUACUUAUCCAAGGUUAGAACUGGUUUAAUUGUCUCCAUCUUUAAUAUCGGUUGUGCUAUCGGUGGUAUUGUCUUAUCUAAAUUAGGUGAUACUCAUGGUCGUAAGAAGGGUUUAAUCGUCGUCGUCAUUAUAUAUAUUAUUGGUAUUAUUAUUCAAAUUGCUUCUAUUAAUAAAUGGUACCAAUAUUUUAUCGGUAGAAUUAUUUCUGGUUUGGGUGUUGGUGGUAUCUCUGUCCUUUCCCCAAUGUUAAUCUCUGAAGUGGCUCCCAAACAACUAAGAGGUACUUUAGUUUCCUGUUAUCAAUUGAUGAUUACUCUAGGUAUUUUCCUUGGUUACUGUACUAACUAUGGUACUAAGACAUACACAAACUCUGUUCAAUGGAGAGUCCCAUUGGGUUUAUGUUUUGCAUGGGCCUUAUUCAUGAUUGGUGGUAUGACAUUUGUUCCAGAAUCUCCACGUUUCUUAGUUGAAAAAGGUCUUAUUGAAGAAGCUAGAGCAUCUCUUUCUACUGCUAACAGAUGUUCUCCAGAUGAUCCAUUCAUUCAACAAGAAUUAGAUUUAAUUGAAGCCUCUGUUGAAGAAGCCAGAGCUGCUGGUGAAGCAUCAUGGGCAGAAUUAUUCAGCGCCAAUAUGUUUAAACGUACUUCUAUGGGUGUUAUGAUUCAAUCUUUACAACAGUUGACUGGUGAUAACUAUUUCUUCUACUAUGGUACUAUUGUUUUCAAUGCUGUUGGUAUGGAUGACUCUUUUGAAACUUCUAUUGUGUUUGGUGUGGUCAAUUUGGCCUCAACCUGUUUUUCUCUAUAUACUGUCGAUAAAUUCGGUCGUCGUAACUGUUUGUUAUGGGGUUCUAUUGGUAUGGUUUGUUGUUACGUUGUGUACGCUUCUGUUGGUGUAACAAGGUUAUGGGCUAAUGGUAGAGACCAUCCAUCUAAAGGUGCUGGUAACUGUAUGAUUUGUUUCGCUUGUUUCUAUAUUUUCUGUUUUGCUACCACAUGGGCUCCAAUCGCAUAUGUUAUUAUUUCAGAAACUUUCCCAUUAAGAAUUAAGGCUAAGGCUAUGUCUAUUGCUACUGCUGCCAACUGGAUCUGGGGUUUCUUAAUCGGUUUCUUUACACCAUUUAUUACUGGUGCAAUCAACUUCUCUUACGGUUAUGUCUUUAUGGGAUGUAUGGUGUUUGCUUACUUCUACGUCUUCUUCUUUGUAUCUGAAACAAAAGGUUUGACUUUAGAAGAAGUUGAAACCAUGUACGCUGAAGGUGUUCUACCAUGGAAAUCUGCAUCCUGGGUCCCACCAUCAAAAAGAGGUACUGAUUAUGACGCUACUGCUUUAAUGAAUGAUGACAAACCAUUCUACAAGAGAAUGUUUGGUAGAUCUUAA